ACUACACAAGCAACCAGCAGCUAGCUAGCUCUCACCAAAGCGUUCAGAGCUCGCCUUGAGCAGCUUCUUAACUUGCUACAUCCACAGCUCUCGAUCGAUCUCGAGCUAAAUCUGCUAGCCAGCCGACCUCCUAGGACGCCAUGGGCAGCUUGGACACCACCCCGGCCGCCUUCUCCGCCUUCGGCGACGACGCCGGAUCAUCGUUCCAGCCGCUCAACCCCGAGGACGUCCGCUCCUACCUCCACAAGGCCGUCGACUUCAUCUCCGACUACUACAAGUCCGUCGAGUCCCUGCCCGUGCUCCCCGACGUCAAGCCGGGGUACCUGCAGCGCGAGCUGCAGGCCGCGCCGCCCGCCUCCUCCGCCCCCUUCGACGUCGCCAUGAAGGAGCUCAGGGCCGCCGUCGUCCCCGGCAUGACCCACUGGGCCAGCCCCAACUUCUUCGCCUUCUUCCCGUCCACCAACAGCGCCGCCGCCAUCGCCGGGGACCUCAUCGCCUCCGCCAUGAACACCGUCGGCUUCACCUGGCAGGCCAACCCCGCCGCCACCGAGAUGGAGGUGCUCGCGCUCGACUGGCUCGCGCAGCUCCUGCGCCUGCCGGCGAGCUUCAUGAACCGCACCGCCGCCGGCCGCGGCACCGGCGGUGGAGUCAUCCUGGGCACCACCAGCGAGGCCAUGCUCGUCACGCUCGUCGCGGCGCGUGACGCUGCGCUGCGGCGGAGCGGGUCGGAGGGCGUCUCCGGGCUGCCGCGCCUCGCCGUGUACGCCGCGGACCAGACCCACUCCACAUUCUUCAAGGCCUGCCGCCUCGCCGGAUUCGACCCGGCCAACAUCCGGUCCAUCCCCACCGGCGCGGAGACCGACUACGCCCUCGAUCCGGCGAAGCUGCUCGAGAUCAUGCGGGCGGACGUCGACGCCGGCCUCGUGCCGACCUACAUCUGCGCCACGGUCGGCACCACCUCCUCCAACGCCGUCGACCCUGUCGGAGCCAUCGCCGAUGUCGCCGCCGUGUUCAACGCGUGGGUGCACGUCGACGCCGCCUACGCCGGCAGCGCGUGCAUCUGCCCGGAGUUCCGGCACCACCUCGCCGGCGUGGAGCGCGUGGAUUCCAUCAGCAUGAGCCCGCACAAGUGGCUCAUGACGUGCCUCGACUGCACCUGCCUGUGGGUGCGCGACACCCACCGGCUCACCGACUCGCUGGAGACGAACCCGGAGUACCUCAAGAACGACGCCAGCGAGUCCGGCACCGUCACCGACCUCAAGGACAUGCAGGUCGGCGUCGGCCGCCGCUUCCGGGGGCUCAAGCUCUGGAUGGUCAUGCGCACCUACGGCGCCGCCAAGCUCCAGGAGCACAUCCGGAGCGACGUCGCCAUGGCCAAGAUGUUCGAGGACAAUGUCAGGUCCGACGACAGGUUCGAGGUCGUCGUGCCUAGGAACUUCGCGCUUGUCUGUUUCAGGAUCAAGCCCCGUCACGGCAUGACGGAGGAGGUCGCCGACGAGGCCAACCGCGAGCUCAUGGAGCGCCUGAACAGGACCGGGAAGGCGUACCUAGCACACACGGUGGUCGGCGGCAAGUUCGUGCUGCGGUUCGCGGUGGGGUCGUCGCUGCAGGAGGAGAGGCACGUCCGGAGUGCGUGGGAGCUCAUCAAGAAGACGACCGCUGAGAUCAUGGAGGAGAUCGUUGUGGAGUAGCAUAUGCAAGUAUAAUUAAUUAAAGCACACAUAUUCUUUUUGUUGUUUUGCUGAAAUGCCAGAUGAAGGCAAAUAUCUUUGUUGAAGAGAAAUGAUUUUCUAAGGAGGGAGAAUGUAAUUCUUGGUAUUAUUGAAAGGGGUACUGUUAAUAAUGUUUCGAAUAAUGUUUCAAGCUC